AUCAGUACUUUCCCUCGUUUGAGCUAGUGCUGCUCGGCUUCCACCACCUUCAACACGCCUCGCAUCCCUUCCGACAUGUCGAACGCUAAAAACGCCACCACUAACGCUGCCGCCUCCAAGGAGAAGCCCUCCGAGGCUGCUCAUACUGAGGCUCACACCAGGCCUCAGCCAGUCGAUCGUGCUUAUUAUGAGAAGAAGAUUGACAAGCUUAGUGAGGAGAUCAAGGGUCUUCAAGCCAAGGUUCACGAUCUCAAUGAGAAAAUCCACGGCAAGUCCGAGGGUAAAGAUGAGUUCCUCCGUAAGCGCGAUCUGCUGAAACAGCAGAUGGACGAGCAGCAGAAGCUCGUGUCUGAUUUGGAGACUAAGAGGAGCAAAACUCAAGAUGGUAUUCAUAACAAGCAAACUGAGGGACGCCAACUCCGUGCUGAAUUGAGUAGCAUGCAGAAGAAGUUGGGCUUCUCUACUGAGGACCAAAUCGAUGACAAGAUCGCUGAGAUCGAGUACAGGAUGCACACUGAGUCUUUGGAUCUCAAGAAGGAGAAGGAAUUGAUGAAACAGAUUUCCGAGCUUAAACAGACCAAACCUCAGCUCAAGAAGUUUGCCGCUAUGAAGAGUGCCUCCGGCGAAUAUGAUUCCACCAACGUCGGACCCCUGAAGGCCAACUUGGAAGACAUCAAGACUAACCUCAACAAGGCCCGUGAUGAGAGGCGUAAGCUCCACGAGCAGUACUCCAAGCUUAUGGACGGUCGUCGCAAGGCUAUGGAGGGCAUGUCUGAUAUUUUUGAAGCCCGUGAGAAGCUCAACAAGGAGAUCAGAGCCAAAUACGGCCAGAUCAAGGAGCUCCGUGACGAGCGCUCUGCUAAGAUCAGCGCUUACACCGCCUGGGUCGCCGAGCAGAAGGAGAAGCGUGCCGCUCGUGAGAGAGAGGAGCGCGAGGCUAGGUUGGCCGAGGAGGAGAAGAAACGCCUUGAGGAGGAGCUGGAGAAGGAAAAGGAAAUUCCUUAUCUUGCUGAAAUCGAGUUAGUCGAGAACACUAUCAAGUAUUGCAAGACUUUGGCUCCUGAGGAGAAGAAGGAAGAGGCCGCUGCCAAGGCUGAUGUUCCUACUAUUGACGGCACUAUGGCUCUUGUGCAGAAGAAGGACAGGGUUCAGAACUACUACUUCGCUCCUACUGCUCAGAAGAAGAAGGGCAAGCACAACAAGCAGGGCGCUAGCCAGGCUGCUUUCAAGCACGGUCUUGAUACUCUGCAGCUCUUCUCUGAUAUGAAGGUUGAUGCUCCCAAGAAUAAGGACGAUGUUCCUAAGUGCAUUGAGGAUCUCAACAAGAGGCUCGCCGAGUAUAAGGAUCUCCAGAAGGUCGAAUACGAGAAUCGUCAGAAGCGUCGUGAGGCUCGUGAGGCUGCUGCUAAGGCUGCAGCUGAGCAAGCUGACGAGACUGCUAAACAGGCUGAGACUACUGAGGCUACUGCUUGAGUUUUUCUAAACCACAUUGUUAAUCAAUAACAAUAGUAAUCAUCCUACCCCUUUUCUAUCAUCGUUGUCGUGACGGUGGUGGUAAUGUGAGGCGGUUGAGUGGUUGGAAAGCCAGUAUGCCUCUUUCAUGUAGUCUUCGUCGUACUACUACUAUCCGAACCUAGUAUCAUUCUUGCUGCUAUUGCCAGUCUCCUGAUCUCGAAGUCGACUCUUCAUGAUCUCCCUUUUCCUCUCCUGCUGAACGGUUGUGUAUCGGUAGUCCUUUUCUCGCGGCACUGUUGAUUACGUCAACAACAGCAGGGUAUUUGGCUCUGGGAUACAUCUCACCGUUAUAGUAGACCUGCUAUCUUUGCUUAUCGUGCUGGGGUUGAUGAAGUCACAUCUACUUUAUCACAACUGUUCCUGCCUAUAUACUACUACCCUAUGAAUGGUUGCAGUAGCCGCUGUGGGCAUUUAGCUGGUUAGAAGGUUAGCCGCUCAG